GAGCUCUCGACAGAGGCUCCUCGCUUCAAUGUGCGUCACAUUCCGUGCGAGGAAAGCAUCACGUGGGGGGCUAAAAGUCCCAGUUUUCUUUGCAGUCUGACACCUCCAAACUCAGCAUUUCGUCUGAGCAAGAUGUUAUCCAGCCAAGCACGGGAGAAGAGACUCUGGGCGUAAAACUCAGCCUAAGCAAAUACAGCCAAGCCCAGAUCCUGCCGCUCCUUUGUCUCACCGCCUGGAAAGCGCUGUGAGCUUGCUUCAUUUUGGGAAUGGCUGCAAGCUCAACUCCACAAUGACCAAUUAUAAAACCGAACGAAGGAAGUCAGAAGUGUUCAGCGACCAACUAAAGGAUGUCUAGUCGUUCCGAGAAAGAGCAGGACCCCACGGCUGAGGGAGAAAGUUAAAACGGUUGCUCUAAGGAGCUUGAUCCACUGAACAGAUUCCAUUGAACGUCGGAUUGCGCUCCGCUGAACGGAUCCCCUCCUUCAGUUUGAAGCUAUCGACACAGGCUGGAUUAUAUCCCUCUCCCCAGGAGCCCGCUCUUUCAGCCAGAAUCUGUACUGUGAGUCAACCUGUUUGAUCACCAGUCCUGGGAAGAAGACAACACAAUGAUAGCCACAGGGGGUGUAAUAACAGGACUGGCAGCCCUGAAAAGGCAAGAUUCAGCAAGAUCACAGCAUUUUCAUCUUCCUCCUCCAUCCUCUGCUCCAGAGAAAAAGAAACCCAAACGUAAGCCCAAAGCCAACAUUGUUGUAGUGAGGGGCAAAAUCAGACUCUAUUCACCUUCAGGAUUUUUCCUUUUCCUUGGAAUUUUAAUUUUGAUGUUUGGAAUUGCAAUGGCAAUUCUCGGUUAUUGGCCACAGGAAGUAGAUAAGAGAUAUCCUGUAGCUUCGAAAUCUGGAAUUUCAAACAAUAGGUCCCAUGUAAUAACAGAUCAUACUGGAGUAUUCAUGGAGUUUUUUGAGCAGCAUUUACACUCUGAUAAAAUGAAAAUGAUUGGCCCUUUCACCAUGGGGAUAGGAAUAUUUAUAUUUAUUUGUGCUAAUGCCAUACUACAUGAAAAUAGAGACAAAGAAACAAAAGUGAUUCAUAUGCAAGAUAUUUAUUCUACAGUCAUUGAUAUCCAUAGCCAAAGAAUUAAAGAGCAAAGACACAUGAAUGGGGCAUGGAUUGGCCAAUCUGGGGAUUCUGAUACCAAAUGUUCUGACAAUCAAUGUACUGCAAAGCUGGCUGCUAAUGUAUUGUUGUCAUUUUCUGGGUCAUCUAAUGAUGGAAUCACUCCACAGAAAUGGAACACUUAUGAGGAAGACGAUGGAUUACCUAAGAAUACUAACACUCUCAUACACCCAAAAACCGCAACAUCAUCAGGGUUCAGCAAUAGGCAACAGACAGAAUCUCAAAGAGAAAAGUGUACCUACUCUAAAAAGUGUGAGACUAAAUCCAUUGUUUCAUCUUCUCUCAGUGCUUUCACACUUCCUGUUAUUAAACUUAAUAACUGUGUGAUUGAUGAGCCUGAACUUGAUAAUAUCACAGAGGAUUCUGACCUCAGUAAAGGUAGGGUUAGACAUAUAUCUAUGACAUCCUUAACAGUGCCAUCAACUGAUAUCAACGAUUUCUAUAAGCCACCGAAUCCGCGAUUGUUAAGAAGUAACAGCACGAUAACAGAUGGAAAACCACCCACUGGUACAUCCGUGGGAAGAUUUCUAUCACCCAGUUUCCCCAAGAAAGAAUUUGGGUCAAACACUUCACUUCACAUGUUAUCCUGUCAUUCAAAGUCAUUGGACUUGGAGAGAGGUCCCUCAACACUCACGGUGCAGGCAGAACAAAGAAAGCACCCAAGCUGGCCUAGACUUGAUCGCAGUAACAGCAAGGGUUACGUGAAACUGGAAAACAAAGAAGAUCCAAUGGACACACUACCCGUUCCACAGGCUGGUGUAAAAGGCAGUUAUACAAAUAAAGAGAAAUUACUUAUGAUCUCAAGAUCCCAUAAUAAUCUAAGUUUUGAAAAUGAUGAAUUUUUAGAUAACAGGUUAAGGCGUGGAGCUUCAGAAACAAGGUUUUGAAGGAGCAUUGGUUUGUAUCAUGUGUUUAUAUUUUAAGGCACUUUUAAGAAAUGUAUUUAUGUGAGAAGUGCAUGUCUAUUUUGAAGAGAUGUUAUUUUCAGUACAAACUAAAGACUGAAUAUUUGUAGAUUGUGAUCAGAACUGGCAUCUUUGCAUCAUUGGGAUUUUUUUCAUGCUGGUUUGGAGUGUUGCAGACAUAUUUCAUGCUAUGUUUGUCAGUUCUGCAUUAACCAGCGGCUCAGGUAUUGGCCAAAUUCAAAUCUUAGUUCAGACAGACUGGCAUUUAGAUUUAUUGCUCAUCCUUGAUGAAUGGACAGGAUUUACAAGGCUAAAGUGCGAUUGGCAUUAAAUCAACACAAAGCAAGUAUUAUUUUAAUGUUUAUUAAAUUGUGAUGGGAGUGUUCAUACUUCGAGUACAAAGCUUGAGUCUGAGUAUUGGACAAUAUUUUGGCAGGUAUUUUCCUAUUAACUCCAUAUUAGUGUCCUUAAUAUACAUUUUGCUAUUUUUGGAACAAAAUAAAAUGUGCAUAUCAUA